AUGAUGAGGGGUUUCUCAUUGGCUGUUUUGCUCGUUUCGAGUGCUACUGGCUUCAAGUUUAAUCCAGACAAUGAUGCGUCACCAUUUACUCCAAAAGUACCCACGACCUACGAGCUUACCGAAUCCCAAACCUUGGGCGGCUCUUACUAUGUCGGCUCUUUCCUGACCACGUCCGACUCCAAACAAUAUUUUGUCAUGUCUCAUGUCCAGACCCUGACUCAGCGAACACAAGUCAGGCAUUCAGUGCUUGACAUCUCCGACCCAAGUCAAUACUGGAAGAGCUUCGUGGUUGAAGCUGCAGUGGUGCCGAAAAACUCCACAAAGGGCCCUGUGCAAUACAUCUUUGGAGAUUACGGUUUCAGCGCACCCACAGAAGAUGCCGUGUCCUCUAUGCAGACCUGGGCAUCGACUACUGAUUACUCCUUCAACAUCAGCUUCGAUGCAACAUCUACCGCCAUCCAGAAUUUGGGAACUGGAACCUUUCUCUGGGGCUCAGGACUCACGAACCAAUGGUCUCUUCCAGCUUGCCGAACGGAGGGAACCUUGUCAAUCGCGGGGAACGCCCUGACAAUCGACCCCGAGAACUCUUUUACUUGGUACGACCGCCAGUGGAGCUCCGGAAGACCUUCAAACUUCACCUGGUUCGGACUCCGAUUCCCGGAUUCGAAGACGAGCCUCAGUGUUUGGGCUUUCGACUACGGCACAACCGAACGCCGUCUGGCCACGGCCAGAACCCCGCAUGGAGACCUGCUUUUGACCCACACUCUUCAUGCCGACACCAACAAUACAUGGACUUCUCCUUCUACCAACAACACUUACCCCUCACGCUGGACCCUGGACUUUCAAAACGGCGAUCAUCUCGUCAUAACAGCCGUUCGGCCGGAUCAGGAGGCUGGAACUGCCCUAACGGCAUUCGCAAAUGUUGAAGGAACUUUCCUAGGAAGCUCAGGGGGAGCUGGCGUGGUAGAUGUAAUAUUUACAUAG